AAAGAAAAGAAUGCACGGAAUUGAGACUCCUCCGGCGCCUCUGGGAGCUGGGAAACACAAGGCGAUGUGCGACGGCUGAUGAGGAAAACAAAGGGGGCAGAGGAAAGAGCAAGUUUGCCCUCUGGAGCUGUCUGUUCAAACCCAAACAGCCAGGCUUCGGAAUCUCCUAGUGCACCCCGAGGGAGGACGGAGGACGUGGAGGCGGAGGAGAAAGGAGGGAGGCAGGUGGUGAAAAAUGGAGGGAAUGUGGCAUCAGAAACCUGGGGUCUCUGUGUUGGUGUUUUCUUUCAUGUUCAGGGUGGUUCAUCACCUCCUGAGAAAGCUGCCUUUGCCUAAAGUGGUGGAACGGGAUGAGCUUCGAUCCUGGAAGUGGAGGAACCUCAGUGUGUCUCUGGUCCACUCACUGCUUACCGGUCCAUGGGCCAUCAUGUGUGUAAGCCUCUGGCCAGAGAUGCUGAGUGACAUCUAUUCCAACGGCACACCAGUCUCCUAUCUGCUAGUGUGUGUUUCAUCAGGCUACUUUCUACAAGAUGUGGGUGACAUUAUAUUUUCAGGGCAUGCCAGAGGAUCAUGGGAGUUCUUGCUCCAUCACUUCCUGGUGCUGUGGGUCUUCUUGUACGUUUUGUACUCCCAAAAAUACAUCGCAGGAGCUGCGAUUACCCUCUUGGUGGAGAUCAACAGCACAACUCUUCACGCAAGGCUCCUACUGAAACUUGCAGGAGCCCAAUCGUCACGUCUUUACCACAUCAACAAGCUCCUCAACCUCUUCACGUACGUUGCCUUUCGUCUGCUAGCUCAGUUCUACAUCACAUACCAUGUUGUGCGUGACUAUCACUGGCUAGACCUUGGAAUCUACUUUCUAUUUACUGUGCUCCUUAUGGACAUCAUGAUCCUCAUAUACUUCUACCGGCUGCUCAGGGCUGACUUUUUUCCACGAAGGAAAGGCCACCCGGAACAGAAUGGCACUCAACACAACAGCUUCUCUCAUUUACUUGAUGAAUGAUUGAUGAGAAGCAUU